AAGUGGUGUUAAUCCAUUGGCUGAGAACUGGUUUAUUAAUUAUGAAUCUGGCGUUAAUCCGGAUGGCAGUGGUGAAAAUUUCUAUACAACAAUAUUAACAUUGAAUCAAUUGGACGAUUUACCACAGGUGCUAUCAAUAUCUUAUGGCGAUCCGGAAACCGGUCUAUGUAAUAAUUUCACUGCUGACUGUAAUACAACAUUUAAUUCCAAUGUGAUUUAUAUUCGACGUACAAACAUCGAAUUUAUGAAAUUAUCCAUGAGAGGAAUCAGUAUUUUGGCAGCUUCAGGUGACCAAGGUGCAAAUGGAUUUGGUUAUGAAGCAAAUUGUACAAAUAAAAUAUUUCAUCCAGCGUAUCCAGGAACUUCUCCCUAUUUGACAUCCGUCGGUGGUACAGAAUUAAUUGAUAUUGCAUAUAAUGACAGUGAAAGCGUACCACCUGCAUGUUCGGUAAUCAUACCUCCACAUGGAAACACAAAUGCUACAUUAGCUCACUGUGUUUCGGAUGGAACUGAAGUAGCAGUUGAUAUUGGGUAUAGUCACUAUACAAGUGGCGGUGGAUUUUCCACCUACACUUCACAACCCAUCUAUCAAAGACGAGCUGUAGAAAAAUAUUUCAAUUUAAUGAAGUGUCAACCACCAACAUCAAUGUACAAUCGACGUAAUCGUGGAUUUCCAGAUGUUUCUGCGUUUGGUACUCGGGGCUUUGUUGUAUUCAAUGGGACUUAUCAGGCUUUUGGUGGUACAAGUAUGUCAGCACCAUUGUGGGCUGGUAUUGUAUCAAUUUUAAAUUCAUAUUCAUUAAAAUGGACAAACAAAACAUUGGGUUUUCUUAAUCCCUUAUUGUACAAAAUGUCAGAAGAGUGUCCCACGUGUUUUAAUGAUAUAACACUUGGUGAUAAUAAAUGUCCUGAUAGGAGUUAUUGUACAAUUAAAUGUCAGGGUUUUCAAGCUAUACGUGGUUGGGAUCCAGUUACGGGACUGGGUAGUCCAAAUGUUAAACAAAUAAUAAAAUAUAUUACUAGAUUAUUGAAGAAGAAGUAUAACAGCCGAAAGUAUCUACUCUCAAAACAUUUACUUUACUGA